GAUGGUCGAUGAACUUGUAAGAAAUCUAGCUCAUUCUCUUCUGAUUAUGCACAUAAUCGUAUACAUCUUCAAUUCAAACGAGUAGCUAGCUUCUUUCGUAUACGUUUUAUAUUACAUACAAAUUAUUGAUUUGAUAGGAAGCCGCCCCUCUUGUGUAUAUAUUAGUCUCUCAAUCCAUAAGAUCCAUAGCUAUAAAUAGCAUAUCAGCACCAACUAUACCUUUACUUGCAUAUCAUAUCCAUCAUGAUGAUUUCCCCUAUCUGCUUCUUCAUAUUCUCUCUCGUUCUCUCCUCCUCCUAUGCUGCUGUGCAAGACUUCUGUGUUGCAGACUACACAGCUCCACAAGGCCCUGCAGGGUACUCAUGCAAAGACCCCGCAAAGGUUACGGUAGAUGAUUUCGUCUACUCUGGCCUAAGAGUUUCUGGCAACACCUCCAAUAUUCACAAGUUUGGAUUCGUACCUGCUGUAGUUACUCAGUUUCCUGGUCUCAAUGGCCUCGGCGUUUCGGUGGCGCGCACCGACUUGGGUGUGGGUGGAGUUAUCCCAUUCCACACUCACCGUGGAGCUACAGAAGUGCUAAUUGUCGCGGAAGGAAGCUCGGUAAUUGGAGGGUUCGUUGACUCGAAUAACAAAGUUUACAUGAAAACUAUGAGCAAGGGUGAUUGUAUGGUUUUCCCUAGAGGUUUGUUGCACUUUGCAGUGAAUCAAGGCGAUACUCCGGCCCUUAUGUAUGCUAGCUUAAGCAGUGAAAACCCAGGUCUGGAUGUUUUGGAAACUCAACUGUUUAAAAACGAUUUACCUACUGACCUGAUACAUAAGACUACUUUACUAGACAAAUCUCAGAUCAGGAAACUAAAGCGUCUUCUUGGUGGUACUAACUAAUGUCUGUUAAUCGAUGUACUAAAUGCCGAAUGUAAUUUUUCCUUUUUCUGAACUUAAAUAAAAAUUCUUCCAUUGCAGUUAU